CGCAGGUGCAAACACUCUGUCCGCUAGAUGGCGCUGGAAUUGCAGCAAAGGCACCGGCAUCUCAGCAAAAAAACAACUUUGCAAAGCAAACAUAUGCAAGCAGAGUGCUGCAAGCUGGCACAACUCCUACUGUAAAUUUCUAUCGACCCCCGCCUACUCACCAAACUCCUUCCUUUCAUUCUGCACGCAGAUAUAGCAGAUGUUGUAGAAGUUUUCCGCAAACGAAGUUGCUGUGUUGCAGAACGUCCAUUGAUUCAUGAACUUUAUGCAUAAUUGAUAAAGAGGUAUUAGGACUGUGGAUUCUGCAAAAUAAGCUUUUAGGCAUGUUGACAACAUGCAAAUGAAUAUUCUGUUGGGAGUUAGCCACGUGGUGCAAGGAGUUUGCAGAUUUCAGCAAAAUGGCAGAACAGCAGCAGAGGAGACAGAGAUUGCCCAAAUUCAGCUCAGAUGAGCUGGAAGUAUUGAUUGCGGAGGUGACUGCGCAUAAGGAUCAACUUUUCAGUCGUGCCCACAGACUGUCACAGGGAGAGCGUGACAAGAUAUGGCAAGAUAUCACUGCCAAGGUCAACGCAGUCUCACAGGUCAAACGGUCUGUAAAGGCCAUCAAGACCCGUUGGGAUGACCUUAUGCGGCGCACUAAAGAAGUUGCCCAUUUGGCACGAGAGGCACGUCAAAUUCAAGUAGAACCCUCUGGAGCAGAAGAUCUAAUCCCAGAGGAAUGGAGGGUCCAUCAGGUCAUGCAUCCUCAGUCUAUACUUUGGAUGGGUGGACUGGAUCCUGCGGACUUUCCUUACUGGAGGGCAAUAAAGGAAGAAGGAGGAUCCUAUGCAGAAGAAGCUGGUCCAUCGAGAGAACAACUCAUUUGCAAUGAGGAUGGAGCAAGAAGUUGGACACCAUCCUCAGAAUCUCCAACUAACCCUAAUAUGCCACCCUCACUAUCAGAGACAUACGUUUCUCACAGGGAUGCAUGCCCACCGCCCAAUGCCAAAUUAGUGAAUGAAUUUGAAAGGCAACUGCUUGAAUCUCAAAACCAGCAGACUGUACUCUUGAGAGAUUUUUGGGUAGAAUUCCAGCCCCUUAUGCGGGAUCUCAUACAGGCAACCCGGGAGUUAGCUCAUGAAACUCACUUAGUAGCUGAGCAUACCCAUCAGGUGGCCCAGCAGACAAAGGGAGUGGCUGAGAACACCAGAGAAUUGGUGCUGCAAAACCAGCAGUUACUCCUUCACACCCAGGAAAUGGCACAAAACAUCUCAGAGAUGCAUCUGUCCUUGCAGCGGCAUUUCUCCCACACAUCCCUUGAGCCACCAAGGCUCAUGAGGUCCAUGCUCGAACAACCAAUCCACAAAACAAGUUCAGAAGGCCACUCUCCCAUACACCCUCCUCAGCCCCAGAGUCUAGGAUCUUCUACAGUGCAGCAAUCAGAAGCACUUUGUUUUGCAUUAACAAGGAGGAAGUCUAGGACCCCCGAAAAGAAAAGACGAUUAGUCUGAGGGAGACAUGUGACAUAGACUACAAUGUGUCAAACAAAGAUGUUUAAUUCUUUACUGUAUAUAUUUUAAAAAUAUUUUGUUAUAUUUUUGAUUGC